CAUGACCGCCACCAUGGACCACCAACGCUGCCGACUAAAGCGGCCGUCGCUUCAUGACUGAACUCAUGCCUACCUAAGCCCUAGCAUUGACCGUUAUCUCCUUUGUAUUGUACCACCCGGCUUUGCUUCCUUUUUUUGUCCUCUUUUUGUCGUCGCCGUGCCGUCUCGGCAGAAAGCCGCCAUGGUGCUUCGCAAGCACGAGCUUGAGGGCAAGCUCGGGGAGGAGAGCGCACUGAUCAAGAGUGGCGUGCUGCGCGACGAGAACCCCCUCGACCAGAGCCCUGAAUUCCAGGACUUCCUCCUCGCUUGCCGCCAUGGCGACCUACGCAAGUGCCAGGAGCUAAUCGGUCUCGGCGUCAACAUCAACGGCAAGGACAAGUUUGACUAUACGCCCCUCAUCAUUGCGAGCUUGUGCGGCCAUUACGAGCUUGUUCAAUUGCUUCUAGAGUCUGGAGCCUUGGCCGAGAGGAAUACGUUCCAGGGCGAGCGCUGCAUAUACAACGCCCUCAAUGACAGGAUACGAAACCUGUUGCUUCAAUACGACUUCUCCAAAACGUCUGACCCUUACGUAUACUGGUCAACACACAUCUCUAGCCUGUUCACUCGGACUAACCCUCACACGUCGGACAUCACCCUCGUGGCUGGCAGCCGGGCGUUCAACCUGCACAAGUUCCUUCUCGCGUCUCGCACGCCGUACUUCCGUCGCAGGCUCGAAGCUCAGCCCGAGACGGCGACAUGGAACUUGGCGCCCACCAUCCCCGUCGAGGCCCUUCAGAUCGCACUGCGGUACGUCUAUCUGGGCGACCUCCCGCGGGACAUCGUCCCUUCUGGCAGCCCCAUCUCCGAGGAGGAGGUUGCCAAGGGCCUCGACAAGGUCAGCAAGCAGCUCGAGGUGGAGCAGCUGUGGGAGGCCAUCAUGGCCGGCGGCGAUCGUAGGCUCGCGCGCCAGCGGUUCCAGGACGAGGAGGAGCGGGCGCUGCGCCAGAUUCGCGACUUCUUCCGCCGGCAUGUGCUCGGCGGGAAGAUGGUGGUCGACACGGAACGCGUAGACGACAUCAAAUGGGAAUAUGACAACGCGGCGUUUGCGGACGUGCUGCUGAGAGCAGACGAGCAGGACGAAGGUGUUGACGACGGAGCCGCGCAGUCGGCGCCGACGCUCAACGGCCAGGGCAUCCCGAUUGGGACAGAAUCAGGCGGCAAGAAGCCUCGUAAAUCGGCCCUGUACCCUGUACACAAGGCCAUGCUUAUCCGCAGCGAGUACUUUGACAAGAUGUUCUCGGGCGACUUUGUCGAGUCGCGGCGGUCGGAGCACCUCCGUGUGAUCAAGAUGGAUUGCUCGCCCGCUGUGCUGGAGCUUGUUCUCACGUUCCUCUACACGGAGAACACAAACUGCCCGCUGGAGCACGCGCUCGACCUCCUCUACGCCGCCGAUAUGCUCUUCCUCGACAGCCUCAAGAGCAAGGCCGCAGUGGCCAUCAGCACGCUGGGAAGCGGCACGCGCAACGCCCUCGUCGAUCGCACCCACGCGCACGCGCACGCGUCCGCCAACGGCAACGGAAACGGAAACGGAAACGGCGACACCGACGGGCCAAAGGCAACAAACACGAGUGGCGUCAGUGGACCCGACACGCCGACCCCUUCCUCCUCUCCCGCAGAGAUGGAGCCCAUCAACAUCUACGACGUCAUCCAUGCGGCGUGGGACUUGCGCGUGCAGCGCCUCGAGGAAUUCGCGGCGCGGUACCUCGCCACGCGCCUCGAGGACUACAUCGACGACCCAGACUUUCAAGAGCUCAUCCGCGAGAGCGCCUCGCGCAUCCAGCGUCGCGAGGAGACGGACACGAUCGAGCUGCUCGACGACAUCCGCUACUACCUCUCGGAGCGCUUCCGCCUGCGCUUCGAGGACACGGGCCUCGACGAGGUCAUGCUGGGCGACGACGGCGAGCCGCUCCCCGCGUCCGCCGCGGGCGAGAUUGACCCGGCCAUGGCGGCCGCGCUGGCGGACCGGAGCGCCGAGAUGGCCGCUGCAGCCACUGCCACCGCCACCGCCACCACCGACACGACCACCGAAAACAUGCUCGAUGCCGAGCAGAAGUCAGCGCCAGACGCCAACGGGGUUGCCGUGGUCGGGCCAGGGAAGGGGCAAGUCGGAAUCCCCGCCGCGGAACACGGAGACGACGCGGUGCGUACGCUCGACGGCGCGAUGGCGGAGGACGAGUUUGCCUCGGACGCCAUCAACUACCAGAUCCUGCUGGGCAAGAUUGACGCGAUGCUGGACCGGCUCAAGCUCGAUGCGUAGAAGGAGGGAGAAGCAGGGAAUGAUGGUUAGAAGACUUGUGGCAUGGAUAGACUUGACCGCCCUUAGGAAGGAGGACAGAGCCUGCUUUGCAUAAGAACACGGCUGCAUAGGGGAUCCAUGACGACGGUUUGCAUAGACAAAAGCAGUGUAGUGCCGUCCGCUGAGUCACGUAUCGCGACGACAGCGAGUGGGUGGCGGCAUAUUGACGAAGACACGACGAUGGAAUGCAGGGCAAAUGGUCUACAACAUCGCCCCGCAGAUGUUCUGCUAGAAAUACAUGCGCUAGUAUUCACACCUAUUCAACCAUGUUAUAUGAC